AUGGGAUUUACAUUAUAUAGUCUUAUUGAAGCUGCUCUGCUUUGCGUUAAUGCUAUUGCUAUUCUUAAUGAACAACGGUUUCUUUCAAGAUUAAGUGGUGGUGGAAAUCGUCAAGCUUAUCCUGGUGGAGGAGGUUAUGCUGACGAAUAUCAAAAUGUUGGUGGAACUAAACAUCAAUUAUUGAAUCUAAUUCGAUCUGUUCGUACUGUAAUGAGAGUUCCAUUGAUUGCUUUUAAUAUUAUAAUGUCUUCUAUAACAGGUGAAUCACCACUUAAUCUAGAAAAAGAUAUUGAUCGAGCAAUUGUUCUUCUUGACCGUCUUCGAGCAACAAGUGAAAUACCUGAAACAAAACUACUUGAAUUACAACGUAUAUUACAAAGCGAUUUUUUUCGUGCUGUUUUGGAAGUUUAUGAAAAAAUUUAUGAAACUGUUCCAGUAACUGGUUCACCAGAAGUUCGAGCUAAUGCUACUGCUAAAGCAACUGUUGCUGCUUUUGCAGCUAGUGAAGGUCAUUCACAUCCACGUGUUAUUGAAUUGCCUAAAACUCAAGAAGGUCUUGGAUUUAAUGUAAUGGGUGGACGUGAACAAAAUUCACCAAUAUAUAUAUCACGUAUCAUUCCAAAUGGUGUUGCUUGGAAACAUGGUGGAUUAAAAAAAGGUGAUCAAUUAUUAUCAGUUAAUGGUGUAUCUGUUGAAAAUGAAUAUCAUGAAAAAGCUGUUGAAUUAUUAAAACAAGCACAAAAUACUGUUAAAUUAGUUGUACGAUAUUCACCACAAGUUUUAAUUGAAAUGGAAAAUCGUUUUGAAAAACAACGUACAGCACGUAGACAACCGUCAACAUCAAUAACACCAAUAGAUAAAUAA